AAUGGAAAAACGCGGGCCUGGUAACUUCGUCGUAAACGUGGGCCUUGUAAAUUCGUCGUAAACCAAUGUUUCGACGUAAUUUCGUCGUAAAUCGAAAAACACGGGCCUGGUAACUUCGUCGUAAAUGGAAAAACACGGGCCUGGUAACUUCGUCGUAAUGUUACGAGGAAGUUACGAGGAAACCGUUUUUAUAUAUAUGGGAGAAGUCGAAGAUACGAGCACUGCUCGUAUCUUCCUCCCUAACUCCUCUCCCCCUCUAAGGUAACUUUCUCUCUCUAUCUUUUUUUUUUUUUUUUAUAGUUUAGGUUGUUAGUUUAGGUGAUUAGUUUAGGGAAUUAGUUUAGGUGAUUAGUUAACGGAAUUAGUUUAGAUGAUUAGUUUAGAAAAUUAUUUUAAACAAUUCGUUUAGGAUAUAUAUUAAUUUAAUUUUUUUAAAUUUUCUAGAUGGCUCCUAGACCGAGACCAGCAGCUCCUGCACCUACGUAUGCGGAUUUGUUUGGCGAUGGAUCUUCCUCUAGCGGUCCAUCGUCUUCUUCCGGGACAGUUCCAGACUCUCACACAUCUCGGAGAGUUCCUUCGACCCCUCCUCCUCUUCCAUCUCAGAUGCCUCCCCCACGAGCUCCACCUGUCGCCCCGGAUCAGCCUGCCCCACCGGCUGCAGUUCAUCCCGAUUUGCGGGUGCCAGCUCAUGCACCAUUCGCAAGAUACACCGUCGAGGAUUUGCUUGCCCAGCCCGGACGAGAGGGUUUACACGUUCUGGACCCCGAUAGACCCCCGGGUACUUAUUGGUUUGGGGCUAACAACCGUGUUAGCCGGAGCGUUUCAGAGACGAUGAAGGGAUAUUAUGACGGCCCUUAUCCCAACUGGACCAUGACUCCCGAUCACGUCAAGACGACGUGGUUUAAAUGUUUUGCGGUAAUUAUAUUUACAUAUUAUUAAUAUUUAUAUUGUUAAUUAAAUAAUUAUUAUUUUUUUUUCUAAUCUUUUAAAAUGUUUGUUUUUUCAGCAAAGGUGGAACUGGUCCGUAGGAAUCACCGAGAGGGUGAAGAGCGAAUUUAUUGCAAAGGCGAAAACUCGUCUUUGCAACACCGUCUCCGAUUGGAAGGACAAGUGGGAGAUUUACGGCUAUGAGGGGAAGCCGAGCGGGGUCACAAAGGAAGCAUGGGAUGGCCUCAUCACCUAUUGGAACGAACCCAGCUCCAUCCGCAAAGCCAACUCCUGCUCCGCUUCCCGAAGAACGAGGGAUAAAGAUGGCCAUUUGCCCAUGGUUCAUAGAUCCGGCCAAAAACCCCAUGCCGGAAUUCGUCUCGAAGCUGUAAGUUUUAUUUAAAUUUAUAAUUUUCAUUAUUUUAAACUUGUAUUUAUUAAUUAUAUUUAAUUUAUUUAUUAUUGUUGUUUAUUAGUUGGAGAAGACGGGAGUUUUGCCAUCUCUCUCGGACUUAUUCAAGAUGACUCACGCCUCACCAGAUGGGGUUUUUGUGGAUCCUGCAUCCGAGAAACUCUUCAACGCUGUGGCGUCUCGGGUU